AUGACAAUAAUUACAACUAAUCAAUAUCAUAUCAUUAAGUUUGAUAUUGAUCAAUUCAUAUUCUCAUCAAUAAAUAAACUUUUAAUUGAUCAUAAUCAAAAGAAUUUAUCUUUAAUAUUUUCAUCAAUAUUAAAUAAUAGAAUAAUAAAUACAACAGAAAUAUUAACAAAUAAUUGUUAUACAAAUAAAAAAUUGAUUAAACGUAAUACAAAAGAGCAAUAUCGAGUCGAUUCAACGUCAUCAAUAGUAAUUACAUUUAAUUCAUCAUCAUUUAUUGAUUAUCAUUGUCAAGAAUUACUUGAUUAUCCAUUACGUUUAUCUUUGCGAUUUCGUACAUUAGGUCGAAUAUCAAAUGGUGUACUUCUUUCAUUAACACAACGUAAAUCUGCAUCAUUAAUAAUUCCAUUCUUUAUCAUUGAACAUUCAAAUGGAAAAAUUGAAAUAACUGUUCUUCAAUUAGAUGAAAAAAAAGUAUUAUCAACGGUCACUAAUAUUCAAUGUGGAAAAAAUAUAAAUAAUGAUAAUUGGCAUUGGCUACAACUUGAAUUAGAUCGAAAUGGAAUAUUCACACUUGUUGUUGAUGAUGAUAGUCGAACAUCUCAAAUUCCAAGUUAUGUUGUAGCUAGUUGGAAUCUCAAUGCUGUAUUAGUUGGUGAUACACGUCGUUUAAGUUCUGAUAUAUUUCAACCAUUUGUUGGUUAUAUGAGUGAUCUUAUAUUUAAUGAUGAAUAUUUAUUUGAAAGUUUAACAAAAUCUCAAGAACAAAUCAUAUCAAAUUUUUAUUAUUAUAGUCAACAUAUUAUAAUUGGUUAUCGUAUAGCAUUUUUUAAUUUAGUUACAAUUCAUACACAAAAAUCUUAUAUAGCUUUUUCUGAACGUGAAAAUCAAAAUAAAAAUCAUGGAAAACUUGAUAUUUAUUUUUUAUUUCGCUCAUAUGUACCCGAUGGAAUUAUUCUAUAUCGUUAUGCACAAGGUUUAAAUGAAUAUUUUGCUAUUGGUUUAAGAGCUGGUAUACUUGCAUUAUUUAUUGAUUUUGGUUUUGGUAAACGACAAAUAGUUAGUGAUGAAUCAACAAAAUUAGCUGAUGGAAAAUGGCAUGAAGUACGUGUAACAAGAAUUGGAAUUGAUAAGAUUGAAUUAAUUGUUGAUAAUCGUGUAAAUCGUUCUACGUUAUCAGCAAAUGGUAUACGAAAUGCUGUUUCUCUUCAACCAGUUCUUUAUGUUGGUGGAAUACCAAAUAAUAAUAAUAUCAAUUUAACUGGAUCAGGUCUUAAUGCAUAUGGAUUUCAAGGAUGUUUAGCAAGUUUUAUUGUUGAUGGUCGUUUACUUGAUUAUCAACGUGCAUUAGUACUUAAUGGACAAGUGAAAAUGAAUGUUUGUUCAGAUUUAAAUAAACUUUGUUAUGAUUUUACAUGUAUUCAUUCUGGUGUAUGUUUAACAAAUGAAAAAGAUGAACCAAGUUGUGAUUGUAUUGAAACAAGUUAUAUAGGUGAACGAUGUGAUAAAUUACCAAAAGGAUUUUAUUUUGGUAAACAUCAUUCAAUUGGUUCAAUCGAAUAUAUCAUACCAAAAUUACAUCAAACAGACAAUGAUAUAAUAUCAUUUGGUUUACAAACAUUAUCAAUGUCAGCACAAAUAUUUCGUCUUGAAUCUGAUUCAAAUUCAUUUAAUCUUGAAUAUGAAAUUGUACGAGAACGAUCAUAUAUUAAAUUAAAUAUGGGUACAAAACAACCUGAUGUUUAUUCAGGUGUUGCUCAUGUUACUGAUGGAAUAUAUCAUGCUAUUAAAAUAAUUCGACGACUUUCAACAGUUGAAUUAUAUGUUGAUGGAAUUCGAAUUAAAUUAGAAGGAGGAAAUAAAUAUUCACGUCAAUUAGAACUACAAACAUUGCUUAAACAAAGACGUUUACGUAUUGGAAGUUUUAAAAAUGUUUCACAUUGGAACGGAAUUGUAGCUGGUUUAUCAUUCAAUCGUCAACCGAUUUUCGAUAGUCUUGCUAGUACUCUUAAUUAUUCUGGUGACGUUGAAGAAGUUUAUCCAGACAAGCAUACUGGUUUAUUUAGUUUAAUUGAUUCAUUUUAUACUGCUACUGCUAUAAUAUCUUCAACAACGAUAUCUACUCUUUCAAUGAUUAAUGAUACAGUUGAAACAUCUACUACUUAUAUAACAAUUCCAACAACAAGUCUUCCAAUUCUGGAUAAUUUAUAUCAUCAAGAACAUGUAACAGAAAUAAAUUUAAUACGAGAAGUAUCUUAUCAAGCACCACUGGAAUGGUUUUAUAAGCAAUUAAAAUAUAUUGGUGUUCGUGGUCUUUUAAUAGGUUCUUUCAUAUCAAUUUUUCUUCUCUUUUCUCUUUUAUUUUUAAUAAUAUAUUUAUAUUGUAAAACACGUCAUUCAAAAAAAAAACUUUCCUAUCAUUAUAAACAAACAAAUGGAAAUAAAAAUUAUUCUCAAAUAAAACGUUAUUCAACUACAUUACCUGAUGGUCGUCAUUCAAAAAAACGUGUACCAAAACUUCUUCGUUAUUUACAUACAAAUCAAACAAAACCAAUAUCCUUUCGUUUAGCAUCUAAUGGUAGCAUGUCACGUUUAAAUAGUGGUGAUAGUUAUCAUCUUAUAUCAUCCAUACAAGAAAAUCGUAAAGAUAAAAGAACUUCAUCUUAUAAAAAUUCUGAUUGUAUUACAAGUGAUCAUUGUUGUCUACAUUCAACUUUAUCACAACCAAUUCCAGCAUCAUCAUCUAUUUAUCAUCAAGUUAAUCGUUUAAUGAUAUCUGGUAGUGAACCACCAUUACCAUUAUCAAAUCUAACAACACAUCGUCAUCCUACUCCAACUUCAACAUUACGUUCAGUCAAAAAAGAUAUCGAUAAUUCAAGUGCACAAACAUAUUCAGCUGUUUACUCAUGUGACUUAGCAGCUAAUUUAGAUAUUGAUCAAGAACUUUUUCCACAAUAUAGAUCAUUGAUGAGAAAAAGAUCGCUUAUAAAAACAAAUAAUCCAAUUUUAGUACAAAGUCAAAUUUUAUUUCUUUAUAUAAAGAAUCUUGUUGAUUGUUAUGCAUUACAACCAAAUAAUCAUUCAACAGUUCUUCUUGCUACAGGAGAUGAAAAUAGAAUUCAAUUAUCGCAUGCUCACUCUGGUAAUUUUCAUUCUCAACUUCCUGUAUCCUCUGUCGGUGCUUGUCAUAGUAUCUUAUUUUCUUUUAAUGGACAAUUUCUAAUUGGACUUUUUUAUGAAGUAACAUCAAAUGUAAAUCCAUAUGCUGUUAAAAUUUGGUCGACAGAUGAUUAUUCCAUUCGUACUAAUUUACAUCCAAUAAAAUGUUCUAUAGCAAUAACAUCUCAACAUUCAUCUAUACUUUAUAUGGCUGGUAAACAAAAAUAUGGCCGAGGUAUAUCACUUGGCCUACUUGAUAUUGAUUCAUGUAGUCUUGCACGUGAGCUUAAAUCUGAUCCGGAUACAACUAUUGGUGAUGAAAUUAAACGAAUUAUAUUAACAAAAAAUGAAUCUUAUGCACUUGUUGCGUGUACAGAAUAUUCAAGUACAUUUGCAUGUUUUGUUGUAUUUAAAUUAGAAGCAAAUACAAUUAUUAAUGAUGAAUCAUCAUCAUCAUCAUUAGUAACAGGUUCCAUGAGUAAUUGUACAAUGAUAUUAACAAGAUUUGAUUGUAAUCCAAAUUUUACAUUUUCAAUUGUUGAUACAAAUAAUAAUGGUGAUCAAUAUAUGUUAACUAUAUUACGUACAAAUGAAAUUAUUAUUUGGCAAUUAAAUGAUGGAGAAAUUUUAUCUAACUAUAAUUUUAAUUAUUUAUUUAAUGAUAAUGAUAUACAUCAAAUAGAUGACUGUCAAAUGAAUGAUAAUCGUCUAUUAAUACUUGUUCAACAAGGUUUAAUUUAUAUUUGGGAUAUAAAGAUACCUAUAGGACAAUUUUUAUUUAUUGCUAAUAUUUGUGAUCCAUUGAUUCAUUCGAUUACUUGGCUUGAUCAUCGACAUUUUCUUUCAAUUGAUCAUGAUGGUCAACGAAUACGUACAUGGAAUAUAAAUCGAAAAGAAGUUCUCAAUGAAUCAUUAUCACUUCAAGGUACAAUACAAUCGUUACAUGUACAUUCAAUAUAUAAUAAUUUAAAUAAUCGAAACGAAUAUUUUAUUGCUGGAGUAUCAAUGAACGAACGUAGUUUAGUGAUCUUCGAAUAUAAUCAAUCUAAUGAUAAUCAUACUGACUCAUCUAAUAAUAUUAUUGUUGAUUAA